AUGAAGCUCUUGCUUUUGAUUGCCCUUGUCAUGGCUACGUUCUUUGGAACGCUGGUUAAUGCCAUGCCCCUUCCAGAAUCCUUCCAUGAAGUAUCGAGUGCCCACUUGCAAAAGAGAUGCCAUCACUACAACAAGCAUCAUACUGCUGUGCCUUCUUCCUCCGCUAGCCAUCAUAGCAAGGAUAGAUCAGGUGCUUCGAAAACAUCUUCGGCUGCUCACCACAACAGUGACAAUGACAAGGAAACCGCUAAGCCUACUCACACCAGCAAGGCUCAUCAUCAUAGCAGCUCCAGCUCCAGCUCUAGCACCUCGAAGCAUCACUCGUCGUCUUCGUCUUCUUCUUCUCAUCAUCACAAGCCAUCUAAGACCACCACGACUGAAGAGCCAACUACCACUACUACAUCGACCACUACCAAACACAAGCCCACUACCACUACCACUACCACCACUACUACCACGACUCCAACUCCCGAGCCUACCACUACUACCACAACUACCACCACCACUACUACCACGACGACUACUACUACCACGUCUGACAAGCCCAAGCCCACUGAUGGCGGUGGUGGUGGCAGCUACGACCACAGCGGUGAAGGCACAUGGUAUACUCCUGGUUUAGGUUCGUGUGGUAUUACCAACUCUGCAAGUGACUACAUUGCCGCCAUGAACCAUGUUGAUAUGGCCAAUGGUGCCAACCCUAACAAUAACCCCAACUGCAACCGAAAUGUCCAAAUCAAGGGUCCUAAUGGUUCUGUAAAAGUCACUAUCACUGAUACUUGCCCCGGUUGUGUAAAGGGCGACAUCGACCUUAGCCCCGCCGCUUUCCAAGAGUUGGCAGACCUUGGUGAUGGUCGUAUUGACAUUGAGUGGAAGUGGCUCGAUUAG